UAAAUAUGUAGACCUCAACAAACCUCCAGAAACAGAAAACCUCCAGUACUCCUACGAAGACUCUACGAAGGGACACACUUGGAUGCCUUGGUGGAGGCAACUGGACUGUGAAUAUUUGGCUGUGAAACUUGCGUGUGUGUGUGUGUGGUGUGUAUGAGGCGGAGCUUCUGUCGUCCAUCUCCUGGAGGGGAGGAUCACCUGUAGUGCAUCAAUAAGAAGCUAAAAACCAUCGACUGCUCAAAAACUCUUACACUCAGUUUCACAAACUCAGAAGAACUUGACACAGUCUUUCAGAGCAAGGAGAGGGAGGAAUAAAAAACAAUGGUUGUAAUACCAGCUUUGUUCCUGUUGGGGUCACUGUUUCUCUGUGGUCCUGUGGAGGCCCAAUCCUCCACCAAUGAAAUACUGAAACAGGCUGCACUCCAAUGGAAGGGAACUCUGACCUGUGACAAGUGGGACUGCAAUUGUACUUUCUAUCGCCAGCGUGGCUGCUGCUGUGCAGCCAACGACUUAUACCAAGUAGAAGAGGAUACCUUCGUUAGGAUUGAAUAUUUGUGGCACGAUAUCAGCACACUGAAUAGCAGAGUAAAGGCACUCACAGCUGGCGCAAAGGUUGCCUUCCAAGCCACCAUAGACCCAAAUAUUGCCAUUGCAAUUCCUGGAUCUACUGAACUUUGCUUUGGUCCUUUCAAUACUAAUGUGCCAGUCCCCUAUGCCUCCAUCACUCUUAACGAUGGCAGGGGAUAUAACCCUUCCUUGGGUGUCUUCACUGCCCCUCGUGCUGGCGUUUAUGUCUUUUCCUUCACAGUCUACUCAUCUGUGAAACAAUAUGGGCGCCUCUACCACAAAGUCCAGUUGAUUUGGAAUGGGAGGCCAACGGCCAGUGUGUGGGAGAACAAUCGAGAGGAUGGUGAAGACAGUGCCAGUCAGGUUGUGGUACUGGAGUUGCAGAGAGGUGAUCAGGUCUACGUGGAGCUAAUAUCUGGGAGGAAGCUCUGUAAAUACCUGGAGUACAAUAUCUUUACUGGUUACAUAUUGUACCCUUUCAAUGAUGAGUAAUUAACCAGAUGGAGAUCCAGGCUACUUAACCUUUCUCAUUCCAGGAACUUCAAUGAAUUCAUUUUUGCUUGCUCAGCUGAGAUCAACAAACUAGUGGUCUUCUUUGCAUGUUGACCCACCAGAUUUGGGUGUGUGACGUCUACAGUAGAUAUAAACAAGAUAAGUCAGACAAACAUGGACUCAUCCAUGUGUAUGCAGGAAUAUAUGAUACAGAGAGCCACGUGUUUGGAAAUCAUUAAAAAAUUAUAUGCUUGUGAAUAAACUACCACAACUGAAAUGAUGGUCUAUGUACAGAGGAAGUGUGAAAUUGAUUUGAUUUUGGUGAGUUAUUUUCAAUGAGGAUAUUUUUUUCAGCCCGCUUGCCACGCACACACAUAAGCAUUGUCCAUGAUUGGAAAUAGGUAGCAGUCAGAAGCUUUGAUAUAAUUCGGAAAUGAUAAUAGUGGAUUGUAACGCUGCUGCUGCUGCUAACAUUUGGCCUAUGACAGUAUUGUAUAACACUGUAAACAAGUGCCUUUCAUGGAAGCUCAUGACAAAUGAAUAUAAACCACUGCCAGAUUAAGUAA